CGGAGCCGGAACGGCGGACGGACCCCGCGCCCCAGCGGCACCGGAGCCCCGGCCGGUGAAGGCAAGUUCCCUGAACUGGUCAGACACCCCCUUGUAACCCUGGUAGAGUCAAGAUGAGGCUUUUGUCAGUGAAGCCUGCAGCCUGAGCAGAUAGCAUGGCCUGCCAAUGGAGGUGAACACCAUGGCUACAGGAGGUAGCCGGGCCUUUGCUUGGCAGGUGUUCCCACCUAUGCCCACUUGCCGAGUAUAUGGCACAGUCGCAUACCAGGAUGGGCACCUCUUAGUGUUGGGGGGCUGUGGCCGGGCUGGACUGCCCCUGGACACUGCCGAGACGCUGGACAUGGCCUCACAUACAUGGCUGGCACUGGCACCCCUGCCCACUGCUCGGGCUGGCGCGGCUGCCGUGGUGCUGGGCAAGCAGGUGCUAGUGGUGGGAGGUGUGGAUGAGGGCCAGAGCCCAGUAGCUGCUGUGGAGGCCUUCCUGGCUGACGAGGGCCGCUGGGAGCGUCGGGCCACCCUCCCUCAGGCAGCCAUGGGCAUUGCGACUGUGGAGAGAGAUGGUAUGGUGUAUGCUCUGGGGGGAAUGGGCCCUGACACAGCCCCCCAGGCCCAGGUUCGGGUGUACGAGCCCCGCCGGGACUGCUGGCUUUCGCUACCUUCUAUGCCCACACCCUGCUAUGGAGCCUCCACUUUUCUGCAUGGAAACAAGAUCUAUGUCCUGGGGGGCCGCCAGGGCAAGCUCCCAGUGACUGCUUUUGAGGCCUUUGAUCUGGAGGCCCGUACCUGGACCCGGCACCCAAGCCUACCCAGCCGCCGGGCCUUUGCUGGCUGUGCCAUGGCCGAAGGCAGCGUCUUUAGCCUGGGUGGCCUGCAGCAGCCUGGGCCCCACAAUUUCUACUCCCGCCCACACUUUGUCAACACUGUGGAGAUGUUCGACCUAGAGCAUGGGUCCUGGACCAAGCUGCCUCGUGGCCUGCGCAUGAGGGAUAAGAGGGCUGACUUUGUGGUUGGCUCCCUUGGGGGCCACAUCGUGGCUAUUGGGGGCCUUGGAAAUCAGCCAUGCCCUCUGGGCUCUGCAGAGGGCUUCAGCCUUGCACGGCGGCGCUGGGAGGCACUGCCUGCCAUACCCACAGCCCGUUGCUCCUGUUCUAGUCUGCAGGCUGGGCCCCGGCUGUUUGUCAUCGGGGGUGUGGCGCAGGGUCCCAGCCAGGCUGUGGAGGCUCUGUGUCUUCGUGAUGGGGUCUAAAUGCUGAUGGGACCUUGUCCACUGGGGCAGCCCAGUGCAAAUGUCUGUGUCUCCUUGUACUGCUAAGGAAGCUCACUGUGGCUCCGUGGGAUGCGGGAGGCACAGGAGCGGUCACUUGAAACACUGCCAGGGGGACUUGGGCAGGGGGGCUUCAUCUUUAGCGUAGGAUAUACAUUCACUUCCACCACCUCAUCUCCAUUCAUUUGUGGACCAUGCCUAGCUCCACCCUUGCUCUGGAACCUGCUGGGCCCUCUGUCCAAUGGUGAAGUGGGGGGAGGGGAGAGCUGGCCUCAUGCCCUGCAGGGUCAGUGCCUAUCUGGAUUUGACCUACCCCAAUGACUAUUCCUGAAAAAUCCUAGCUGCCAGCCUGCCUUGGAGGCUCCUGUGGACCCAGGAGAGUUCAGAGCAGGUGGGGGACACAGGAAACGGAAGAGUGGGUGAAGAAACCUCCAAAGGGCCAAAGGAAUGUUGGCUUUGGGCUCUCUACACUAUAGGCUGUGUGACCUUGGGUCAGUCAUUUCACCUCUCUGUGCCUCAGCAUCCUCAUCUGUAAAUGGGGAUCUCUGAAACCUUCCUGCCCUACCUACCUCACAGGGUUGUUGUGAGGACCCAGGGAGUUCAGAUGUGGAAGUAAAAAUGCUGCUAAAA